AUGCACCCUGCUGCAAAAAUCCCACAGGGUAGAAGCAAGGGGCAGCAAAGGUCCAUGCCUAACUCUCCCCUGGAAUCACCAACACUUCAGCCUGUUCCAGCACCACCUACUUGGGAAGACUGUCCUGAUAAUACUUAUGAGCAAGACCAAGGCUCAUUCGAGCCUUUGCAGCUUCCAAAAACAAUGGCAAGUGAAUGCAGGAAUCAUAUCUGCAUCACCUCCUGGAUCGAGAAGCUCCUCCAGAAGAUAGGAGAUGUGUCGUCUGCGAUCAGGAUGGGGUCUACAAAUGUCAAGAUUGUCUUGGGGAGCCACUCUAUUGCACGGAUGUUGCAGGAGGUCAACAUCGUUGCAAUCCUUUCCACUGGAUCAGUCAAUGGAAUGGUCAGUUCUUCGAGCAAAGUUGUCUCGCUCAUGUGGGAUUUGUUCGAAGGAGAUGAACCCGAGGACCAGCUUGAGCCUGAAGAUCUACCAUCUGUGUCGGGACCAGAGUUCCAGCCUAAGGAAAACACCAUGGUCAUCGUCGACAAGUCCGGAGUUCAUCGCCUCGAGAAUGCUGGCACCUCCACAAUGAACUAUUACAGCAAGCUCCGGCGAAUGACCUCCAGCAUGUUUCCUCACCUUGUUCCGGCACUUGGCAAGGACCGAUACAGAGAGCUCAUGAGAGUCGCUCGACAGUGGAGGCAGUUGAAGACCAUGAAAUGGCAUGGCUUCGGUCAUCGUUCCAAUGCCCCGAAUGCCGGAGAUCUCACAUUGUUUUGCCCGACAUGUCCUCAGCCUGGGAUCAACAUAUCCUUGUCAGGGAAUGAAACACUUGAUGAAUGGGCUGGGGUUCAUGGUGGGAAAGGACAGCUGCAACAAUCACCGGGCGGUAAAUCAAGCAAAUGCGACUCGGCACAAGCUGGACUCGACGGGUAUCAGGGGAGUUGCUUGUGCCCGCCACAGCUGCUUUGUGCCUCAUGUGAUGGUCGAUUUCCAGAAAGACAAAUGAACAUGGAUUACGCCCUUUGCGAGGCUGCCCAGCACAACAUGGAAGGCAUUACCAGGGCUGUCACCUUUUAUGACAUCAACUGUCAAUACAACAAGCACCUCCGGGUUCGGGUGGAUCGAAGCCGAUUUCUUGAAAUGGUACCGGAAUUGACCAUCAUCCCCGGCAUCGGUUUGUGGCACGUGCAUGGACAUCAAGACAGCUGCUAUGUCCGAUAUGCAUCGAAUUUCAUUGAAGGCAUUGGCCAGAUAGAUGGAGAGAUCAUGGAGACUCUCUGGGCACGUCUGAACCUAAUUUCCCCCGCUGCUUGGGGAAUGUCGUCCCCUCAUCGACAGGAAUGUCUCGAUUUUCAGAUGAACAAUUCCAACUUCUGCAAGAUGAUCUGCAUGAAAAGGACCCUUUGCCAUAAAUACAAGCAGGCAAAAAAUUGCAUCACCGAAAGUGAAAAGGCUUUCGACAGACUUGAUAAAGCAGCACCUGCCAAUUUGAAGACAGAAUGGUUGGCCAACGAGAUGAUCGCUCAAUCCAGCAGAAUAAAUGAUCCUGCGGCGAUGGAUGUUUACAAGAUAAAUAUCAAGAAGAAGGGAUUCGAUGGAGAUGACGAUCAUGACGAUCAUGACGACUUGAACGUAGACAUCCUAGAUGAUCUCAAUGAUGACCUGGAAGAUUUUACUGAGACAUCUGAUACAUGGAUGAACUCGCCCGAGCUCAUUGCGAUCCCAUUGCCAUCAAACCUUGGGGUGACAUCAGUGCAGCAGGCUGUCUCCCUGCAUGCAAGUAUAUAUACCAAGACCAGGACACAAAUGAUGAAACUUGACACAGGGCAUGGCCAACUUCAGAAGUACAAACCCCUGCUUUGCGAGCAGCUCAAAGUCAGCACUGCCGUGGAUGAUCCGAAUGCCCAUGGUCAACGAAAUGAAUCCCUCACAUGGUUCUGGUCCAUUGAGGUCGACAUGCAUGGUCCAGAUCAAUCAUGGAAUGAGGAAUUCCCGGGAAUUGGCUGGUGUGAUACUCCUGCAUCAGCCAUGCCUGAAUUAUAUCCUUCUCCUGCAUCCACUUCUGACAAUGAGAAUUCCCUCAAUGAGUACCGGCCCCUCACUCUCACUCCUGCAGACAUUUCAGCUACUAUGUCAAUGUCUGCAUCGCACAUCCGCACAUCCGCGCAUCCAUCUCCCAAUAUCAGGUGGAGGCUGCAAACAACAAUCCUCCAGUACUCAGCUGCCAGGAACAUCAUUUUGGUCGUUCCCAGCCCUAUUGCUCAUAUUCUUCAUUUGAUUCCCAGUCACACCUGGAACACAGUUCCGGAUCACAUCUUUUCCUAUCACAUCUGUUUGUUUCAUGACGUCGCAGAUCCCAGAGAUCCAUCCUGGAUCGUAUCCGGCUAUGAUACCCCAUGGUGGAUGGGAGAAACUGCAAUCCUGUAUGAACCAUGGCAAUGGGAUCGGGUGAUGACUUACUGUAUCUUUCACUACCAGCAUUGGCUAGAUGGCAUUGAGAAUGAUGGUCUGACAAUUCCGGAGCAGGUGGAUCAUACCUCAGUUCCAUCACUGAUGGGACUUGAGGUGGAUUAG